AAGGAGAGACCAGAGAUUGUAAACCGACAACACCAAACGCAGAACUUCGGCCUUCAUUUCUCCUCUCGUUCCUUGUGGUUACUUAUCGUCCUGAACCUCACUCACGCGCCCCACAAUAAUCAGGAAAAGAAAAAUAUAUCUACCAUUUCUACUCAAUAAUCCAAUAAUCUCUUCUUCGUCCACUGCCACCGUCUUCCUCGCCCCUCUCGAUGCCCUAAUCACUUGCCCUCGCCGGAACUUCCCAGGGCGCGUCGCCGCCGCCGGCGAUAUCAGUGGCACCAAAAUUUCAAAUCUUACCUUCUCUUGCUAUCUCUAGGGUUUGUUUGUUGUUUUUCCUUUUUGGGGGUUUGGAUUUGAAUCUGGAAUCGUAUUUGGGAUUUGGUUUGCGGAAGAAAGGAAUAACGACGACGACGUAACGACGACGGCGUCGAAGGAUCUGUUAGGGUUUUAAUCUUAUGGCUGGGAGUCGUAAAAGGGGAGGGAACAAAGCAAAAGUUGAGAAUUUUAGUUUGGGUGAUCUUGUUCUUGCCAAAGUCAAGGGUUUCCCUGCUUGGCCUGCCAAGAUUAGCAGGCCUGAAGAUUGGGAGCGAGAGCCUGACCCUAAGAAAUAUUUUGUCCAAUUCUUUGGAACAGAAGAAAUAGCUUUUGUUGCCCCUGCCGAUAUUCAAGUGUUUACAAAUGAGACAAAGAGUAAAUUGUCUGCUAAGUGUCAAGUUGUUAAAACUAGGUACUUUGUCCAAGCAGUUAAGGAAAUCUGCGUGGCAUUUGAUGAGUUACAUAAAGAGAAGUCCAAUGAUUUGAGAAAUGAAUCUGAUAGACCAGAACCUAGCCGUGAGGCUUCAUCUGCUGAUGGGGUUGAGGACGAAGGCUCUAAGGCUGACUUAAAGAAUGGACCAGUUGCAGUAGCACCUGAUGAAGAAACCACUAGUUUAGGAAAAGGUGAAAGUAAUAGAGAACACAUAAAGCCUUUGAUUUCCGGUCAUGCAGAUGAUAGCUCAUCUCCAACUAUGUCUUUUGAGGGUAAAGAUAAAAUUUCAAGUGGUGAACAAGCUAAAAAGGUGGUGUUAUCUCCAGCAUCUUUAGAUGAGCCUUCUCAUAUAAAGGAGGAAUUUUCUGAUGAUAAAAUUUCUACAGUCAAUUCCACUAAGAAAAUUUUGAGGUAUGAUCAGAUGUCAAAGAAGAUGGCUCCUGGGUUAAAGAAAAGAACCCAUCAAGGGCAGAAAAGCAGCAGCUCAGCUGCAACAUUAUCGAGGGAUGUUAAAUCUGGUGGUUGUCUUGAUCGGCCUGAUUUUGAGGAGCAAUUAAAGGAUAGACUAAAAGGCAAAGUCUUGGAUAGCUCUGCAAGGAAAUUCUCGCCAGAUGAUUUCAAAUCAAAUUCUAAUCACAAUAGUGGUAAAAAGCCAAAGGAAUUGCUGAAAAGCAAAAGCAACAGCAACUUGAAGGUUACCGCUGAUGUAAAGGAUGCUGUGGCUAAUCCAAAGGUUGAGACUACUGGCAAGAAAAAAAGGGGUGAAACUGGAUUUGGAAAGCCAAAACCGGGAGGAGAUGAAGUUUUCCAUCCUGGCAAAAAGCCAAAGGUUUUAGAUAUGGAAAAUGAGGCUUCCAAGGGAUCUCUUGUCAAAAAAAUGAAAACUAAUUCUCCAAGCUCUAACAAUGUCAAUGACAAAGCUGCUAAACAGUCAGAUUCGAGGAAAUCCACACCUCAUGUUUCAGUAUUGAGAGCUCGGGCAUCUGUUAUUUCUGAUGUUUCCAAUGAUGAAGCUGUGCUGCCCUUACCAAAACGCCAAUGGCUGGCUCUGGAGUCAAUGGUUGAUUCUAGUUAUUCUGACAAUAAAAUUGGAAAAAAUCCUGUUGAAUUGAAGAAUGACACUUCAAGUUCUGGUAAUGUGAAACUUCCUGCUACCCAAUUGCCCAGAAGGCCUAGAGCUGUUUGUCUUUUUGAUGAUGAUGAAGAAGAUCCCAAAACCCCACUUCAUGGAGUAUCUACCCGGGAUGUUAAAGUAACUUCUGUUGUUUCUUCUGCUUCAAAAAUCAUUGAUGUAAAUCACUCAACUGCUACUGAUGCUCAACGCAGUAUUGGAGAUUCCAGCCAAUAUGAGAACAAUGGUCCCAAGGAGGCAUCUUCACAAUUGGUGAAUGAUUUUGUGUCACAUAUUCGACCACAAACUGUUGAAAGGAGGCUUUCUAUUCAUGCCUUCGCUCCUGAAAGAUCAGAAUCAGAACAGUUGUCUUCCAAGGAGGCAAAACCAGUCCUGAUUUCCCCCAUGAAGUCUCCUUAUCUGGUUUCUGCCACAAAACAAGUUGAACAAUACAGAACUGCUAAAGCCGCUGUCAAGGUUUCGACUGAUGGUUCAAAGUCUUCUCAAAAUCAGGUUUCGAGUCAAAGACAUAGACAAGCUUCUUCCGUAGAGAGAUCGAAAUCUACUCCAAAAGAAGUUUCACGUGUAAAUGACACCACUUUUGUUACUGAAACUUCAAUGGAAUUUGACAUCUUUAGAGAAUAUAGAGGUGGUUCGCUGAUUGAUUCCAAAAAUCCAGAUUCUGCUACGUCAAUGAAGCAUCUUAUCGCCGCUGCCCAGGCAAAAAGGAGACAAGCUCACUCUCAACAGUAUUCUCUAGGAAAUCCUAGUUCUGUGUUUCUGUCGAUGUCUGAGGUUCUUGGGAGGAGCUCCAGUCCUGCAGUUCAACCUUUUCCCUCUGCGAUCAACAAUGAAGUGCAGGGAUUUGUUCAUCCAACAAGUAUAGUUUCUCCACCAACUCUUGGACGUCAGUCAGGAUCCCAAAAUCAACUGGACACGGAGGAGAUUGAAGAGAGAAGAGCUACUUCAGGACACAUGGCAGCUGGUGGCUCUCUCAGUGGUGGUACCGAGACAUCUGUUGCUCGAGAUGCUUUUGAAGGAAUGAUAGAGACUUUAUCAAGGACGAAAGAAAGUAUUGGACGUGCAACUCGCCUCGCUAUUGAUUGUGCAAAGUAUGGCAUUGCAAAUGAAGUUGUUGAGCUUCUCAUCCGGAAGCUGGAAAGCGAGCCCAGUUUUCAUCGUAAAGUUGACCUGUUCUUUCUUGUUGAUUCAAUCACCCAAUGCUCAUAUAAUCAGAAAGGCAUUGCUGGUGCUUCAUAUGUCCCUACUGUUCAAACAGCACUGCCCCGUCUCCUGGGUGCAGCUGCUCCACCUGGAGCAAGUUCUCGUGAAAAUCGUCGUCAAUGUCUUAAGGUUCUACGGUUGUGGCUUGAGAGGAAAAUUUUUCCUGAACCAAUUCUGCGGUGUUAUAUGAAUGACAUUGGAGUUUCAAAUGAUGAUACAAUCUCAGGGUUUUCCCUAAGGCGCCCGUCUCGAGCUGAACGUGCUAUAGAUGAUCCUAUAAGAGAAAUGGAAGGCAUGCUUGUCGACGAGUAUGGCAGUAAUGCUACAUUUCAGCUGCCUGGCCUUUUGUCUUCAAAUGCAUUUGAAGAUGAUGAGGAAGAUCUUUCAGACAGUCCUUGUGGAGAAGCUGUUGACGCAUCACCUCUAGAAACGGCUCAGAUUUCGGCAGAGUUAGAAGUGUGUACGGUUACUCCAAGUGACAGGCGUCAUUGCAUCUUAGAAGAUGUGGAUGGUGAGCUUGAAAUGGAAGAUGUGUCUGCACACCAGAAGGAUGACAGACCAUCAUUCGCUAAUGAUACUCUUGAAAAGGACAUGCAACAGCUGGACACUGAUAAGAUUAUGGAACCAGCUUCAAAUAGCUCCGACGGAUUCCCUCCUAUACCAGAGGGAUCCCCACCAUUGCCCCCAGAUUCUCCUCCACCCCUACCACCUUUGCCACCUUCACCACCUCCACCCCCACCUUCAUCAUCUCCAUCACCACCCCCACCCCCACCUCAUCUACCCUUACCAGCACAACCACCUCCUCCUCUUUCGCUGCCUUCAUGCCCUCCUCCAGCCUUCGUACCCCAACCACCAUUACCCACUCAACCUUCACUGCUAUCUCAACCCAUGCCACCCCAGUCAUUGAUGCAGUCUUCACCACAGUUGGCGUAUCAACCACCUGUACAUCAUGAAUUUCAGGGCACACCAAAUGGUAAUCAUAUAGUUCAAAUGGGUGGAACUGCUCCUCAUGGAGGCCAUAUAGAUGUUGCUGUGAAAAGUGAAUCAUUUCUGCAGCAGUCACCUUGCUUUUCUUCAGGAGCCCGAAAUUCUCGGGAGCCUUCUGGAUAUAAUUCUUCAAGGCAAUUGGAAUAUGGACAUAAUGAAAUUUACUUAAAUGCCCAAUCCUCUCAACCAAGUCAACAAUUUCAACCUGGUAAUACAGCCUUGGUGCAAAGACCUUUGCCCCCGAAUCUGCCACAAAUUUCAUCCAGCCAUUUCUCAUUCACAAAGUCUUCCAUGCGACCACAUCCUCAGCAUUCAUAUCCUCCUCCAUACUCAUUGCCAUCGCAACAUGAUAGCCACAGGCCAUUUGUUGCUGAUGAACAGUGGAGAAUGCCUGCCGGAGAUUAUAAUACUGAUAAUCAGUGUGGGUGGAUGGCUGGAAGAAAUCCACCACCUUCUGGUCCAUUGUUUGUCCAGGAAGGUUACUUUAGACCACCUGUUGAAAGGCCACCCUCAAGUAAUAUGGGUUAUCCAAUUGCUUCCACCGAUAAUCUACCAGCUGGAGCUGCAAAUUCAGGUCAUGGUGUUUCACCAAUAUUGCCAUGUCGACCAGACAUGUCUGCCGUUAACAGUUGGAGGCCACCUCGAGAAUAAGGAUAUAGUCUUAUUAGUUGGCUGCGAGACAUGUUUCAUUGAAGGGUGGCUCAAUUUGUGGAUAGAAUACAAUUAUCACAUGAAGGCUGUGUUGAUAACUUGUGGAGACUCUUGGCAGGAUUGUGUAUAUUGUAAUUUUUCCUGACAAAUGUAUCCAGGAACGUUUGCUUCUGAGUGUAGCCCAUAUUUCUGACUUGGUUUAAAAUAUCAUAUAAUCUGAAAUAUCUGAAGUUAUGGUGAGGCAACUCGGGUAUUCACCAAUGUUGACAGGUCCUAAGAACAGAGCAAACUACUGCAAAAUGUUAAGGUAAAUAUUUGACUUGGAUUCUUGAGCUUAGACAAUGCUUGGAUUUUUUUUUAGUUAGAUACAAGUAGUUCUUACAAGGAUACUCCUGUCAAUUGUAGGUAGUUAGAAAAAUACUUGAAGAAAUUUUGGCUAAAACAUCAGUUUUUAUUUGGUAUCAUGUACUAUUAUGUAUAUUAUUUACACAUAAAUUUGUUUGCAUAGUACCUU